ACCCUGCAGGACUCCAGCCAGCUGACUGCAGAUGCCCAGGGACUGUUCUCAGUGAGCAGCACAGUCAGGAUGUUGGGAAAUCUUUAUGACCACGCCUAUAUCUGCUCCGUGUCCAAAGAGGACGGGAGCGGGGAGUGGAGGGCCUCGUUCAGACAGCAAGAGGACAUCCAUAGAAAAGUGGGCCAAACCCUGGCCAUCCCCUGCCCUGUACCAAAGCCCAGCCUCCAGAACUUCACUCAGACCUGGACCUUCAUGGGACAAACCCCGCCCAUCCUCACAUACAACAGCGGCACCUCACACCGGCAUAUCUCAGACCUGUGGAAGAACCGGGUUCAGGACCUUUUAGAAACCGGGUCGCUCCUGAUCCAGAACCCAGAGGGCCAGAACCUCACAGGAACGUACACCUGCAAGGUGUUAGCCGACCGGACCCUGCAGCUGGUGCAGACAUAUGUCAGAUUUACAGGUGCAGAUGAGCAUUCUAGGAGUGACACCCUGCACCCUGCUGCUAUUGUUGGUAUUGCAGUUGCUGUUGUUUUUCUUGUUCUUCUUGUGACAGGACUCCUCAUAGUAGCAUGGAGAAAAGGAUGGCUCAGAAGAUCUCAAGAUGGUGAAAAUGACAAAAACCAACAGAAGGAAGCAGGAGGAGAUGAAGCGAUGCCUCUUAAAAUGUGAAUGGAGGCAGUGGAGCAGGAACUGUAACAGGAGGACAAAACGAUGAGGAACUGCCUGUGAAGAGUAACAACGGUGGCGUGGAGACAUGAGGGAGGGGUGGGUCACCUGGGUGAUAGAGAGAGAGUGGCCCUGAGUCGG